UGUCCCGGCAACCUCUCGCGAAACUGCAGAAGGACGCUGAGUCGCUGAAGGAGCAGGGUGAAAAGCUCAGAGACCUGUCCGUUACACUUGCACCGCAGCCAGAGUCCGGGAGCGCAGAGAUCGCUGGGGAGAUGGCGAGAGAAGCAGCGAGCGAAGCCACCGCAAGCCGCGAAAGCGGGGCGGAGGCGGCAGGGGAGUGCUGGAGCGAAGCGCUCAAGUCGUUCCUGGACCACAUCCCCGUCUCCUCCGUCCCGGGCGCGCUCCAACCCACUGCCUCCCCAGCGGUGGAGGUCAAGCUCCACGGCUCCGUCCUGGGCGCCCUCGACGCCAUGUACAGCAGCAACGCCGCGGGCGCGGUGAUCAUCGACGUGGUGCACAGCAGUCUAGGCAAGUACGUCGAUCGCGAUAUUGGCUUCGUCGAGUUCUCGAGCCUAGUCCUGUGGGCACUUGAGGAACUUGGCAAAGUGGAAAGUGAACCAACAGACAGUACUUCUGAUUUCCUCUCUACUCUGAAACAGCAUCAUCAGAUUGCAGAAACGAAGAUCGCCUGGUUAGCGAAGUUGUUCCUGUGGGAGCCAUUCUUCCCUGUUCGGACCCAUGACACGCUGUUCCACGCAAUGCUUCUCUUUUCGAAACACCACAGGCUCAACGUGGCACCGGUUGUUGAGUCAAUGAACUCGAGUGUUAUUGGAUUUGUCACACAGGAUGCAGUGAUGGAGCUGCUUCUCCAGUCAAGUGGCCUUGAGUGGCUUGAUAAAAUUGCAGACAAGCAGCUUUCGGAAUUUAGGUUUGCAAAUGUGAGGAAGCCUGUUUUGGUGUACUCAGAUCAAACUCUAGCUGAUGGGCUGCAUAUUCUCUCAAAGGAAAAAACGGGGGUUGCAGUCAUUGACAGGAAAACCAGCCGUCUAAUUGGAUCAUUACAGUGCAGUGAUCUCUACCUGUUUCUAGAUGACAGCACCCUUUUCAGCAAGCGAACGACAACUACUCUGGAAGAAUUAAUCAGCCUGAAUAACAAGACCGACAGGAAAUGCAGCACCGCUGAAAAUUCAUGUGCGCCUGGCCGAAACAUCCUCGCGCUCAGGAGCAGGCAGUCAGGCAUGGUGGGCCUACCAGCCACCAACCUGGAAUCCGACACCCUAAAGCAAGCGAUGGAGAAGCUGACAACUUUAAGGAGCAGCUGCAGCUUCAUCGUCGACGAGCACGGGCGCGUCCAAGGAGUGGUGACCACAAGGGACAUCAUCUCCGUGUUCUCCCCGCUGUGCAUGGACUCGAGGAUUGACGGGGCCACGUUCUUCUCGGCUGCGCUCGAGCAGGCUGGCUGCCGCGUUGAGAACGGGCAGAUGUUUCAGAAUUAGUUUCAGACAAAACUGGAAUGCAGGGAGGCUUUAGUUUGUUGCAGUGAGGAAGAUGUACAUGGCACUUACCGGCUAUGUUGCCCUGAUACGAGGGAUAUGGAUACGGGAUACGUCGAUACUCUGAUACGCUAUUUAUCAAAAAAUACUCUGAUACGCUAUUUCUCAGAAAAUACUGAUACGGUGAUAUAAAAUAUAUAUUAUAAAUAAAA